AUGGAUGCAAUUAAUGCAACGCCGGAUGCGGUGUUUAGUGACAGAGUGCGUCGAUUUCAAGAGUUUCUAGACACUUUCACGAGCUACAAAGAUAGUAUAAGAUCGGUUCAAUUGUUCAAUUUGCCAGACAACGCGAAGUCAGAGGCGUAUGAAGAGGAAAAAAAAGCCGGGUUAGAGAGCGCCAAGCUUCCACAGCGGGUUACCGUGUCGCUGGACGACCUACGGGAGUUUGAUCGGUCGUUUUGGAUCGGUAUUCUGAACACUCCGGCACAAUUCGUCCCGGCUGCUGAGAGAGCUGUUACGGAAACAGCCCUGAUACUAGAGGAAAAUCAUACAAGUACGGGUGCUGGCGUCAAUGUGGCAUCGGCACAGCAAUGGAAACUUUCGUUUCGUGGGUCUUUUGGUGCUCAUGCACUAUCGCCAAGAACUCUGAACUCACAUCAUCUCAACAAACUUCUUUCGAUCGAGGGAAUUGUCACCAAAGUAUCGCUGGUCAGACCCAAACUUUUGAGGUCGGUCCACUACGCUGAGAAAACUGGCCGCUUUCACUACAGGGACUACAGAGACGCAACCACCAGUUUAACCACUCAGAUUCCCACUCCAGCCAUAUACCCUACCGAAGAUCCUGAGGGAAACAGACUUACCACAGAAUAUGGCUAUUCGACUUACAUCGACCAUCAACGUGUCACAGUACAAGAAAUGCCAGAAAAAGCUCCACCGGGACAAUUGCCUCGCUCCAUUGACGUGAUUAUGGAUGAGGAUCUCGUUGACAAGACUAAACCAGGCGAUAGAGUGAACAUCGUAGGUGUCUACAAGUCUUUGGGUGGUGGUGGGCUCAAUUCGGGCUCCGACCAAGGUGCAACACUGUCCGGCUUCAAAACUAUGAUUUUAGCAAAUACAGUGUAUCCCUUGCAUGCGAGAUCAACUGGUGUAGCAGCAAUACAGGCUUUGUCGGAUUCAGACAUUAGAAAUAUCAACAAAUUAUCAAGGAGGGAUGAUAUUUUUGAUCUUUUAUCACAAUCGCUGGCUCCAUCCAUCUACGGACAUGAUCACAUUAAAAAAGCUAUUUUACUUAUGUUGUUGGGUGGUGUCGAAAAGAAUCUAGAAAACGGCUCACACUUGAGAGGUGACAUCAAUGUUUUGAUGGUUGGUGAUCCUUCCACAGCGAAGUCUCAGCUCUUGAGAUUUGUUUUGAACACUGCUUCUUUGGCCAUAGCUACCACUGGUAGAGGAUCCUCAGGUGUCGGUUUAACUGCCGCAGUGACCAUGGACCGCGAGACCGGUGAGAGAAGGUUAGAAGCGGGUGCCAUGGUUUUAGCUGAUCGUGGUAUCGUUUGUAUUGACGAGUUCGACAAAAUGAGCGACGUGGAUCGUGUCGCAAUUCAUGAAGUUAUGGAACAGCAGACUGUGACAAUUGCCAAAGCCGGCAUUCACACAACUUUGAACGCGCGUUGUAGUGUGAUCGCUGCCGCGAACCCUGUGUUUGGACAGUAUGAUUUGAAUAAAGAUCCUCAUUACAAUAUUGCUCUCCCGGAUUCCCUGCUCUCGAGAUUCGAUUUGCUCUUCGUGGUUACGGACGAUAUAAAUGAGAACACCGAUAGGGCCAUCAGCGAACACGUUUUAAGAACACAUCGCUAUCUCCCACCUGGUUACUUGGAAGGCGAGCCCAUCAGGGAGGCCAUCAACUUAUCUCUAUCUGUAGGAGAAGAAGCUGUUGCUAAUGAAGAAGAAGAGGAUGAUGAUGAAGACGACGAAAACAAAGUAUUCGAAAAGUUCAAUCCCCUAUUGCAUGCGGGUGCCAAACUAGCCAGAAAUAGAGGAAAUCGUCAAGGAACAGAAUUGCCUCAGAUUGUUUCGAUCCCAUUUCUACGGAAAUAUGUUCAAUACACUAAAGAGAGGGUUGUACCGACGUUAACUCAAGAAGCGACUAUUUUGGUUGUGAAGACGUAUUCCGAUCUUAGAAACGAUCAGAACACAAAGAAAUCGCCAAUUACUCCAAGAACGUUGGAAACACUAAUCAGAUUAGCUUCCGCUCAUGCUAAAGUUAGAUUGUCGAAAACCGUGGAUCGCCAAGAUGCCCGAGUUGCUGCCCAACUACUGAAGUUUGCUCUUUUGGGCGAAGAAGACUUUGGUCCUGAUCUAGACUCUGGCAACGACACGCAGAGAUCACCAACCAAAUCUCCACGCAAAAAACAAAGAGUACGAAACGGGGUUCCUGUCAUCACGCCGCUUCAGUCUUCACCAACCAGAGGCCCGUUCCCAAGUACGAGUACGCCCUCGAGAGGUGGGAAUAACAGGCGCGGAAAUAUCUUCUCGGACACUGAAAGCGACGAAGAAAACGCAAGUCCCAACCUGGAGCAGGAUGAUUUCAUGGAGGAGGAUCCAUCUGAUAUGACUGCUCUGCCGGAAGAACAAGAGAGUGAUCUACAAAGAAGAUUAGAAAGUGGACUUCGCGUUUCUCCACGUAGAAGACAGCCACUCCAACAAACUACAGCUGAAACUCCUGUCACAGAAGACGGUCGUCAAAUCCUUUCGGCGUCCGAGAACUUUCACAGUAGACCUUUGCUUGCCGCGGACCCUCCUCAGCAUGACCAGGAGAUUGUAUCCACUGACACGAUGGAGCCAGGAUCUAUUUCCACCAGUAGGCUGUCUCUUUUCUCAGGCAUCAUGGCGCAAUUGAUGCAAAGUGAUCUUUUUGAAGAUGAGUCUUAUCCGGUGGCUUCCUUGCUGGAUAAAGUUAACGAAGACCUGGCCGAAGAGGAUAAGUUCAACGCUCCCGAGUAUCUGGCUGGCCUUAAGAUCAUGAGCGAUAGAAAUAAUCUGAUGGUAGCCGAAGAAAAAGUCUGGAGGGUAUGA